GCUCUUCCUGGCGGGAUGAAAGUCGGCAGAUAAAACAUCAGCAUCAGGUCGCAGCAUCCCUCCCUCCUGGCCAAACUCGCAUGACGGCGAUCAGGAGCUGAGCUGCGAUGCCUGGCCGGUGAUGCAAGGCUCGAUCUUUCCAGCACGGUUUUCCCUCGGGCUCCGGGCUCUCCCGCGGGUGCAGCUCGGGGUGGUUUGGGUGUGGAGCCUCGGCAGCCUCCACCCGCUCAGGACCCGGCCCUGGAAGCUGCGGAGUUGCAGUCACACUUGGAGCUUUCUUGGGGCUGUCUUGGUGUCCCAUCUCUGCCCUCCCCUCCCGCCUUGGCCGAGCCCCAGCUCCUCGCCCGGAGGAAGGGUGCACGUUGUGGGCAUCUCCCAUCCACCGAAAUCUAUGAUCAGCUCGGUGUGUGUCUCCUCCUACCGUGGACGCAAGUCUGGGAACAAACCACCCUCCAAAACAUGCCUGAAGGAAGAGAUGGGCAAAGGGGAAGAGUCGGACAAGAUCACCAUCAAUGUGGGUGGCACCCGGCAUGAGACCUACAAGAGCACCCUGCGGACUCUGCCGGGCACCCGCCUGGCCUGGCUGGCCGACCCUGACGCCCAGAGCAACUUUGACUUUGAUGGCAAAAGCAACGAGUUCUUCUUCGACCGGCACCCCGGGAUCUUCUCCUACGUGCUCAACUACUACCGCACCGGGAAGCUGCACUGCCCCGCGGACAUCUGCGGGCCCCUCUUCGAGGAGGAGCUCACCUACUGGGGCAUCGACGAGACCGACGUGGAGCCCUGCUGCUGGAUGACCUACCGCCAGCACCGCGACGCCGAGGAGGCCCUGGACAUCUUUGAGAGUCCCGAGCCUGGCGGAGGGGCUGCUGGAGAGGAGGCCGAAGAGGAAGGGGGUAGGGAGAUGGCCCUGCAGCGCCUGGGCAUGGAUGACAGGCCCCCAGGGGCGGCAGGGGCGGCCGGAGGGGGUGGCUGCUGCCGGAACUGGCAGCCCAAGAUGUGGGCGCUCUUUGAGGAUCCCUACUCAUCCAAGGCAGCACGGGUGGUUGCUUUCGCCUCGCUUUUCUUCAUCCUGGUCUCCAUCACAACCUUCUGCCUGGAGACACACGAGGCCUUCAACAUCGAUGUCAAUGUGACGGAGACCCUGGUGGUCGGCAACACCACGACGGUGCUGCUGACCCACAAAGUGGAGACGGAGCCCAUCCUCACCUACAUUGAAGGGGUCUGCGUGCUGUGGUUCACCCUCGAGUUCCUGGUUCGCAUCAUCUGCUGCCCAGAUAAGCUUCUCUUCAUUAAAAACCUGCUCAACAUCAUUGACUUUGUGGCCAUCUUGCCCUUCUACCUGGAGGUGGGUCUCAGUGGCCUGUCCUCCAAAGCCGCCCGGGACGUGCUGGGUUUCCUGCGGGUGGUGCGCUUCGUCCGCAUCCUGCGGAUCUUCAAGCUGACGCGGCACUUUGUGGGUCUGCGGGUGCUGGGCCACACCCUGCGGGCCAGCACCAACGAAUUCCUGCUCCUCAUCAUCUUCCUCGCCUUGGGGGUCUUGAUUUUUGCCACUAUGAUCUACUACGCCGAGCGGAUCGGAGCCAAGACGUCCGACCCCACUGGGAGUGACCACACUCACUUUAAGAACAUCCCCAUAGGCUUCUGGUGGGCCGUGGUCACCAUGACCACGCUGGGCUAUGGUGACAUGUACCCCAUGACGUGGUCGGGCAUGCUGGUGGGCGCCCUGUGCGCCCUGGCCGGGGUGCUGACCAUCGCCAUGCCCGUGCCCGUCAUCGUCAAUAACUUUGGGAUGUACUAUUCCUUGGCCAUGGCCAAGCAGAAGCUGCCAAAGAAGAAGAAAAAGCAUAUACCCCGUCCAGCCCCGCUGGACUCGCCCACCUACGGCAAAUCCGAGGAGAACUCGCCCCGGAACAGCACCCAGAGCGACACCUGCCCGCUGGCAGUAGAGGAGGGGGCGACUGAGAGGAAACGGUCAGACUCCAAGCAGAACGGGGAGGCCAACGUGGUGCUGUCAGACGAGGAGCAGCCGCUGUCCCCAACGGACGAGGAGAAGCGGCCGAUGCGGCGCUCCAGCACCCGGGACAAGAACAAGAAAUCCUCCACGUGCUUCUUGCUGGCCACGGGGGACUUCUCCUGUGCAGCAGAUGGAGGCAUCCAGAAAGAUUCCUGCCAGGACACCCUCGCUUCCAGUUACCCCCAGGGUGAGGUGGUCACCUUCUCCUGAGCCCCAGCUGGAUGCAGGCAGUGCCCUGGCCAGGGAUGCCUUCCCCAAGGUGGAAGGAGGCUCUCCCUGGGGCCAGGGGAUGCUCUUCCUAAGUCUAAAGGAUGCAUUCCCCCAGGGAUGCUCUCCCCAAAGCCCAGGGAUGCUUUCCCUCAGGCUGGGACAUGCAUUCCUCCAGGGAUGCUCUCCAAGGGAUGCUCUUCCCAAAGGAGAUGCUCUCCCCAGGGCUGAGGGAUGUCCUCCCCAAAGCCCAGGGAUGCUCUCCCCAAGGCUGGGACAUGCAUUCCUCCAGGGCUGCUCUUCCCAAGGAGCUUUCUCUCCCCAGAGUUCCAGCUUCAUCCCGGAGAGGGGGGAGUUGGCAGCUGGGUCCCCCCGAGAGGUGCCGCAGAGCAGUGGGGCCGAGGGGAGGUUGGGGACAGCCCCACUCCCCUUCCUGGUGCCAGCCCUGCCAGGCCACGCUGCCUCUGCACCCCCUGGGCUGCCCCCUCCCCUUGCCUACGCUUCUGGCUGCACCUCACCCUCCACCUCUGGAGAUCCAGCUGCUCACCAGGACAUCUCUGCCCAUGGCUGCGCCCAUGCCCUGACCCCUCCAUCAUCACACAGCCACUGGGAGCCACCCCUGGGCACUCCAGGGUGCCACAGGCUCCACUCUGGGUGCCACUCCAGGGUGCCACAGGCUCCACACUGGGUGCCCCUCCAGGGUGCCACAGGCUCCACUCUGGGUGCCAUUCCAGGGUGUCAAAAUCUCCACACUCGGUGCCACUCCAGGGUGCCACAGGCUCCACUCUGGGUGCCAUUCCAGGGUGCCAAAAGCUCCACACUGGGUGCCACUCCAGGGUGCCACAGGCUCCACUCUUAGUGCCACUCCAGGGUGACAAAGGCUCCACUCUGGGUGCCCCUCCAGGGUGCCAAAGGCUCCACUCUGGGUGCCACUCCAGGGUGCCAAAGGCUCCACACUGGGUGCCACUCCAGGGUGCCACAGGCUCCACUCUGGGUGCCCCACCAGGGUGACAAAGGCUCCACUCUGGGUGCCACUCCAGGGUGCCACAGGCUCCACUCUGGGUGCCCCUCUAGGGUGCCACAGGUUCCACUCUGGGUGCCACUCCAGGGUGCCAAAGGCUCCACUCUGGGUGCCCCUCCAGGGUGCCAAAGGCUCCACUCUGGGUGCCAUUCCAGGGUGCCACAGGCUCCACUCUGAGUGCCCCUCCAGGGUGACAAAGGCUUCACUCUGGGUGCCAUUCCAGGGUGCCACAGGCUCCACUCUGAGUGCCCCUCCAGGGUGACAAAGGCUCCACUCUGAGUGCCAUUCCAGGGUGCCACAGGCUCCACUCUGGGUGCCCCUCCAGGGUGCCACAGGCUCCACUCUGGGUGCCACUCCAGGGUGCCACAGACUCCACUCUGGGUGCCCCUCUAGUGUGCCACAGGUUCCACUCUGGGUGCCACUCCAGGGUGCCAAAGGCUCCACUCUGGGUGCCACCAUCUCCCCCUCCCACGGGUUCUGAGCCCAGGGGCAUGGGAGGGGGUCCAGAGGGGGUCCAGAGGGGGGUUGGGGUGCAGGGAUGGGGAUGGGAAGCAAUAGAAGACCGAGGUGUGGGGAUCCCUGGAGGGGUCAGGGUCCUUCCAACGCUGUUCCAUAUCUCUGUGACCAAGGCAAUACUACUCCUGUCUCUGUCUGUCCUGUGCGCAUGCCUGUCCAACGUGUAGAGUUCCAAUAAAGUCAUCCAUGAGCUGAGUCAGCUCCCCUACCC